AUGACGGAGCUUGGUGAACUACAUCAUUUUCUCGGCAUAAAUGUCACAUCAAACAAGUUCGGUCUCUUCCUCAGCCAACAGCAGUACACACUCAAGAUACUUGACCGUGCCAACAUGCUCCAUUGCAAACCCGUGUCCACACCCAUCGACACCACCUCCAAGCUUUCUUCCUCUGAGGGCCGCCUCCUCUCUAACCCAACCUACUAUCGGAGUCUUGCCGGCGCACUCCAAUACCUCACCCUCACCCGCCCCGACAUCACCUAUGCGGUCCAACAGGCCUGCCUCUUCAUGCAUGCACCCCGCGAUUCCCAUAUGCAGCUCAUCAAGCGCAUCCUUCGAUAUCUGCAAGGCACAUCUCACUAUGGGAUUCAGCUCUACAAAUCCUCCUCCAUGGAUCUCAUAGCCUACACCGACGCUGACUGGGCGGGUUGUCCGGAUACCCGCAAGUCCACCUCAGGCUUCUGUGUCUUUCUUGGCGCCAACAUCGUCUCUUGGUCCUCCAAGCGCCAGUCGACGGUGUCCCGUUCCAAUGCCGAAGUGGAGUACCGGGGUGUCGCCAACUGCGUUGCGGAAUCGUGCUGGCUUCAUCAGCUCUUGCAUGAACUUCGCUGCCCGCCCGCUCGAGCUACGGUGGUGUAUUGCGACAAUGUCAGCGCGUCUUACCUCGCCUCCAACCCGGUCCAGCACCAGCACACGAAGCAUAUUGAGAUCGACCUUAUUUUUGUGAGUGAUCUGGUGGCUCUCGGCGAAGCACGCGUGCUGCAUGUACCUUCCAGUUCGCAGUUUGCAGAUCUGUUGACCAAAGGAUUGCCAUCUCAGGUGUUUCACGAAUUUUGGGACAACCUGAACGUCCUUCCCAAUGGAGUUCCGGCUGAGGGGGGUGUUAAACUGUACAUGUUCUCAUUGUAA